AUGCUAUCCGACGUAACCUUACAUUCGCUAGUAAUUGAAUCCAAGAAGCCACCUAAAGCAAGUUACUCGGAAUGUUCAACAAUGACGGAUGCGAUGAAAACCGAGGACAAGGAAACGGAUCCGAUGGAGAGACGCUCCACAGCCGUUCAAACUGAAGUCGAUAACGUGGAAGUGAACGCGGACGGAGUGAUGAUAAGCGAAGAGACAAUCACUCUCGUUGAGUCAAUGCUGCACGACUCGGCUGCAUCUCGAAUCUAUGAUCGUUUAUUAUCAUUUCACUCAACUAGCCUCGUUCAACUUCAACCCAUUCGGACAUGUACGGUCUCACUUCUUUCGACUGAAACCCUGGAUGUGGUGUCGCUAUCAAGUGGCUCUGCAGGUCGUGUCGCUAUUCUUAUAGGCGAGACAGAUCACGACACAUGGUGUUGUCACGAGGGAAAGAUCAUAGUUUCGCAAAGAAGCAAGGCCACCUCUAUACCCCUGGCUGUAUGCCCGUCGAGUUCUUCAUGGUCGCCGCAGGGAGUUCUUGCAGUCGGGGAUGUGGCUGGAGAUGUUCACGUUGUGAUAGGCGAAACAGUGGCUAGUGCUUCGAAAUGGGGCGGUGUAGCAGUUAGGAGCGUAGUGGGACCGUUACUGGCACCACCCAUCGCUGCACUUUGCGACGGUCCCAUCUCGGUUCCAACUGCUGUCUCCACCGCGCCGUUUCGAGCACGUGAAGGCGUAAAUGUUCAGGUUCAUUCACAAACCGUCUCCGCUCUGGACUGGAUCUCAAAUUCCCAGCUGAUCUCGUGUGGAGAGGAUGGUAAUAUUAUUAUAUCUCAGCUGAAAGGGACUGGACUGGAAAACGUUAAGACUUUGCGACUCUCCGUGAGCGAUCUGCCCAGACAGAUUCGAAAUUCGGCCUCAUCCGAGAAACCAGUAUCGAUUAUCUCAAUGAGCAGGAGUGGUGAUGAGGCGUGUAUCGCAACAGAAACAGGCGGUAUAUGGAUCGUUCCGAUACCCGAUCUUCGCCUGAAAACAAUUCCAAGCGAGCCCCAAGCUGUUCAUACCAUUGUUUACACCUCACCAUUCAUUGCUUUGUCAGGAGAUGACGAUUCAACUAUUUUACUGAACAAUGACGGAAGUUUCGUCGAUACAUUCCCGGUGGCAGGCAGACAAAUGUGCAAAGUGGAGGAGUUUAUGGUUUUUGCGGAUGGAUCGAGAAUGAUUAUUUAUGAUAUUACGACCAGGAGAGUAGUUCUGGAUGAGAGAAGAAAUUCGCGAGGCUUGUGUGCCACUCCACUUGAUGAUAUUGUAAUAAUCAGUGAGAACGAGCUUAUUACCCUUAGGCUUGUGAAGAGCAGUUCGUGA